AUGGUAUCAUGUGUCAUCCUUGUCCAGAAAGCCACCCCGGAAACCAUCACCCAGUUUCAUGACCAGCUCCAGAAUGAGCUCCCCAACAUCAGAGGCAAGUGGAACUUCCUGUUUAAGAUCUUCCGCAAUAACCCCUACGCGGUAGCUGAAGAUAUCGCCGAGACAGAAUCGGUGCUGGACGAGCUCAAAUUCCUCUAUACUUUGGUUCCUAGCUACUUAAGUGGCGCCUCGAUCACCCUUAUCAAUCGGAGACUGAUAUGUGUGGCUCCCACGCUUAUUGAGGAAGAAGUCAAAGCCAGUAAACAAACCAGGGGACCCAACGACGCCAAUAUCGACGAACACUUAUACGUACCUGACGAACACUUGACUGACGGAGCCACUACUGGUUUUAAUGACCCGUUUGACGUGUUUGUUAGCGAAAGACUUCAGAGUUUAUGGACUUUACGUCAAUUAGUGAAGGGUGAUGGGGGUAACAUUUAUGAGCUUGAAAACGGUAAUUUGACCAUUAGAACGUCAAAUGUGUUUCUUCACGGUAAUUUCCGAGGUUUAUUAAUUGAGAUUGAUUUGACUAACCACGCGGUAAACCUACGCGAUGCUACAUCUUUUGAACCGGCGUUCCGCAAGGUGUGUGACCGCUACAAGAUCCCCGAAGGGACGAUGCUGUGCUCGGUACUUGACCCGAAGUUCUUAGACAAGUAUGGCGACAUCUGUCUCCAGUAUCUGGACAUCCUCAAUUUUUAA